AUGAAAACGAAAAAGCCGGUAAUUAUAACCAUAUCCGAUGAUCCAGGAAAUGCAUUGCUUGCAUUUUCUUUAUCAUUCAAGAAAGUACAACGUGUUCGACCAACACGAAAACGUAAAAAACGUGAUAUAAAGUUGAAAAAACAAUUAAAAAUACGAAGUUUGCCGAAUAUCAAUGAAGUGAAAGAAGAUACACACGAUUAUUGUGUUCAUCAAGUGCUAAAUAAGGAAAAAAUGACAAUGAAGCGAUUACGAUCAAAUUCAUUUUGUCCGUCGGCACUUCAGCUUCCUUCAUCAUCGUUGAUUAUCAAUGACUGUGCUAACAAUGAGAUGACGGAACAAACAAAAAAAAUUCAUCGAGAAGAGGUUUGUUUGGUUGUUGUUUUUAGCGAUGUAUUUCAUCAUAUGGUCCAUGGACUUUCUUUGAAAAUUGCACCAACACUGCUCGAUGGUGACAGUGUAAAUAAUGCUACAAGUGCCUUCUAUAAAAGUAUUGAUGCAAUGCCAAAUAUGAAUGUCGCCAAAACAAAGAAAACAAUACCAUUAGUUAGUGAACUGGUUGGUACUGAAGGUAAGCUAUAUUCACAAUGA